CACAGUCACUCACACCAUUGCCACCCACCAUCUUCCUUCCUUCUUACCACUCCACCUCACGCACCAUGCCCGCGACCGUCAAGCGCGAGCGUAAUACCCGCCCCAAGGCCGAGGGGAGCAACCGCCGUCGUGCCGACCCGGACAGCACCGAUACCGAGGACGAGGCCGGUGACGAGACGGACAUCAAGCCCAAGCUCGACGGCGUGGAGAAGGAGGGCAUCGACUUCAAGUACACGAGCGAGCCGCGCGGCAGUGUCCGCGCGCCCAACGCCCUGGCUAUCACGCUGCAGGGGAGCAAGGACGGCGUGGGGCACAAGAUCGAUCUGUGGCUUCCUCCGACGGCGAGCGUGCGGACCCUCAAGAAAUACCUCUGCACGCACUACGGCUACUCGCUCGACAAGCUGCGCCUCAUCCACGACGGCAAGAUCUGCAUCGACGCCGACACGAUGGCGUCGCUCGGGGUCGAGACGGGCGACGCGUUUGACGUGUACCUCGAACAGCUCGGCGGCUAG